GUGUCAUGUCGCUAAAUAUAACCUCAAAAUUGGAACUUUAUUAAUAAAUUUCAUCAUUCACAUUUUACUUCACUAUUCAUGAACGUGUCGUUUAGACCAACUUGCAAUCCACGUAACAUUUUGCAGUUAACUAACUACUACAAGUAUUAAACGAAACACAAAUAUUUCAGAAAAAUGACUGAAGCGGCUAGCGAGAAACUAUCCAAGAAUGAAUUAAAACGACGCCUGAAAGCUGAACAAAAAUUAAAGGAGAAAGCUGAAAAAGUUGCUCAACAACCAGCUGAAAGUAGUGAGAAGAAAUCUAGUAAAGCUGAAGAAGAAAUUAGUCCAAAUGAAUACUACAAACUUCGUACAACCGCAAUUGCUGCUCUUAAAAAUGGAUCUAAAGAUGACCAUCCAUACCCUCAUAAGUUUACUGUUACUAUUUCACUUGAAGAGUUCAUUGAAAAGUAUAAUAAUCUGAACAGUGGGGAUGUAUUAGAGAACACAACAGUAUCUGUGGCUGGCAGAGUCCAUUCAAUCAGAGAAUCUGGUGCCAAGCUUAUAUUUUAUGACUUAAGAGGUGAAGGUGUGAAAAUUCAGGUGAUGGCCAAUGCCAAGAUGUAUGAAUCUGAAGAGAAAUUUGUUACGGACACAGAUAAACUGAGAAGAGGCGAUAUUAUUGGCUGUGUGGGGCAUCCAGGUAAGACCAAGAAGGGAGAGCUCUCUGUCAUACCCAAAACAGUCAAACUACUGUCCCCAUGUCUACAUAUGAUGCCACACCUUCAUUUUGGUCUGAAGGACAAAGAGACCAGAUUCAGAAAAAGAUAUUUAGAUCUCAUUUUAAACGACAAGGUUAGACAAAUAUUCUAUACAAGAGCAAAAAUCAUUUCCUAUGUUAGGCGUUUCUUUGACAACAUGGGAUUCCUGGAAAUAGAAACACCAAUGAUGAACAUGAUUCCGGGUGGAGCCACCGCAAAACCCUUCAUAACCCACCACAAUGAUUUAGACAUGGACUUGUACAUGAGAAUAGCUCCAGAGCUCUAUCACAAAAUGUUAGUAGUUGGGGGUUUGGAUCGCGUUUAUGAAAUUGGGAGACAGUUUAGGAAUGAAGGCAUUGAUUUGACUCACAACCCAGAGUUUACCACUUGUGAGUUCUAUAUGGCAUAUGCUGACUACAAUGAUGUAAUCGCCAUAACUGAGACAUUGCUUUCAGGCAUGGUUAAAAGUAUUCACGGCACUUACAAGAUUAAAUACCAUCCAGAUGGGCCAGAUGGUGAGGAAGUAGAAAUUGAUUUUACACCACCGUUUGCUAGGGUGCCCAUGAUUUCAACAUUAGAGAAGGAACUAAAAGUAAAGUUGCCACCAGCAGACCAGUUGGAUACACCAGAAGCCAACGCUAUACUUAGUAAAUUAUGUGAGAAACAUGAGGUUGAAUGCCCUCCACCUAGAACAACAGCAAGACUCUUGGAUAAACUUGUUGGAGAGUUUCUAGAAGAGAAAUGCAUUAAUCCUACUUUCAUUUUAGACCACCCACAGAUUAUGAGUCCCUUGUCUAAAUACCACAGGGAUGUUCCUGGGCUUACAGAAAGAUUUGAACUGUUUGUUAUGAAGAAAGAAAUUUGCAACGCAUAUACAGAGUUGAACGAUCCAGCAAUACAGAGGGAACGUUUUGAACAACAAGCCAAGGACCGUGCGGCUGGUGACGACGAAGCACCACCGACUGAUGAAGCAUUCUGCACUGCCCUUGAGUAUGGGUUACCACCUACUGGUGGAUGGGGCUUGGGAGUUGAUCGUCUGACGAUGUUUUUGACAGACUCCAAUAAUAUAAAAGAGGUACUGCUGUUCCCUGCAAUGAAGCCCGACGAUCCAAACAAACAUCUUAAAGAGGAAUCUACGUCGACUGAAACACCAGCUCAAAAUGGAGCAUAACGUUAGAAACACAUUACAAUAACAACACCCGUAAUCUUGAUGUGCUGCGAUACGACCUUACGUCGCCAUGGCUAAGCAAUAUAAUUAACGCUGCCCACACACACAACCAUGUUAACUGUCAAGCCUGUAGCAGACAUGAAGCGGUAUCCAUUAAAUUUGACAGUGUAUGGCGGUUAUUGUGCAUGACAACUUUUCUUAAAGCCAAAAUCGAAUUUAUGAUUUUGCCACCUUGAUCAAGUAUAUAACAUUCACUUGAACCUGUCAAUCUUGACAAUAAAACAUGCCAGAUCAGGUGAGGUGUUGAACGUGUUUCUACCACAAGUGUUACAAACACCUUUAAUUUUAAAUGAAAUACAUACAAAGUGUUUAUAUCUGUAUUAAAUAAAAGUA